AUGCAAGGCCCCUUGUACAUUGGGUUCGAUCUCUCGACCCAGCAACUGAAAGGCCUGGUGGUCAAUUCCGACCUGAAGGUCGUCUACGUGUCGAAAUUCGACUUCGACGCCGACUCCCGCGGCUUCCCCAUCAAGAAGGGCGUUCAGACCAACGAGGCCGAACACGAGGUGUUUGCCCCCGUGGCAUUAUGGCUCCAGGCUCUGGACGGUGUGCUGGAAGGUCUGCGCAAGCAGGGACUCGACUUCAGUCGCGUCAAGGGUAUUAGCGGUGCCGGCCAGCAGCACGGCAGCGUCUACUGGGGAGAGAACGCUGAGGUGUUGCUCAAGACCCUGGACGCGAACAAGUCGCUGGAGGAGCAGCUGAGUGGAGCCUUCUCGCACCCGUAUAGCCCCAAUUGGCAGGAUUCGAGCACGCAGAAGGAAUGUGACGAGUUCGAUGCCUACCUGGGCGGCCAAGAGCAAUUGGCGGAUGCGACGGGAAGUAAGGCUCAUCAUAGAUUCACAGGUCCCCAGAUUCUCCGCUUCCAGCGAAAAUACCCCGACGUGUACAAGCGGACGGCGCGCAUUUCGCUGGUAUCCUCCUUCCUGGCAUCCUUGCUGCUGGGCCGCAUUGCUCCGCUGGAUAUCUCGGAUGCGUGUGGUAUGAACCUAUGGAACAUUCAAAAGGCCGCAUAUGACGAUCGGCUGUUGAAGCUCUGCUCCGGCCCCUUUGGCGUGGAGGAUCUGAAGCGGAAACUGGGCGAUGUGCCCGAGGACGGAGGCAUCCGUCUGGGUAAAAUCGAUCGGUACUUCGUCGAGCGAUAUGGGUUCGCUCUGGACUGUACCGUGGUCCCGUCGACCGGUGACAACCCGGCCACGAUCCUGGCCUUGCCCCUGAGACCCUCGGACGCCAUGGUCUCUUUGGGAACUUCGACCACGUUCCUCAUGUCGACUCCCAGCUACAAGCCCGACCCGGCGACGCAUUUCUUCGACCACCCGACCACGCCGGGUCUCUACAUGUUCAUGCUGUGCUACAAGAACGGCGGUCUGGCGCGUGAGCUGGUCCGCGAUGCGAUCAACGAGAAGUUGGGCGGCAGCGCUGCCGAUCCGUGGGCGAACUUUGACAAGUACACCCUGCAGACCGCUCCGUUGGGCCAGAAAUCGGCUUCCGACCCCAUCAAACUGGGUCUCUUCUUCCCUCGACCGGAGAUUGUCCCCAACAUCCACAAGGGACAGUGGCGAUACACCUACGAUCCUAAGGAUGGUAGUCUCCGCGAGUCGAGCAGCGAGUGGGACAAGCCGCUGGACGAGGCGCGCGCGAUUGUCGAAAGUCAAUUGCUCUCUCUACGUCUGCGGUCCCGCGGUCUCACGCAGAGCCCCGGCGAAGGUAUCCCCGCUCAACCUCGACGAGUGUACCUAGUCGGAGGCGGAUCUAAGAACAAAGCAAUUGCCAAACUGGCCGGGGAGAUUCUCGGCGGCAGCGAGGGCAUCUACAAGUUGGAGAUCGGAGACAACGCCUGUGCGCUGGGCGCGGCGUACAAGGCGGUUUGGGCGAUUGAGCGAUCCCGCGGACAGACCUUUGAGGACCUGAUCGGCCAGCGAUGGAGGGAGGAGGACUUCAUCGAGAAGAUUGCCGACGGGUACCAGAAGGGCGUGUUCGAGCAGUACGGCAAGGCUGUCGAGGGAUUCGAGAAGAUGGAAGCCCAGGUGUUGAAAGAAGAGGCAGACCGCAAACGGUGA